AUGGUGCCAAAUGAUAAGUAAAUUAUUUCUCAAUUGUAGUUAAUUGGAAUGUAAUGAAAUAGAAGAUGAUAAAUAGUCAGCGAAAGCAACAACAAAAAAAAUACAAAAUAGAAAAAUAUGGUCCUAAAAAGAAGACAAGUUGUUGGAAAGAGCAAUUCAUGAACUUGGAACUAAUUGGAAAGAAGUGGCUAAGCAUUUAUAUAAUCGAAAUCCUUCUUAAUGUGCUUAGAGAUGGAAGAGAAUUAAGCCUGUCUCUGUAUGUUUAAUUUUAAAUAAGCUCAGUAACGCUCUCGACAUUCUUGGAGUGCAGUUGAAGACGAAUAAUUAUUAGAAUUAGUUAAAAUACAUAAACGGAAUUGGGGAAUGAUAGCAAGCAUAAUGCAUUGGAGAACAGGAAAGUAAAUUAGAGAACGAUUUAUUAACAAAUUAAAUCCAGAAAUAAGGGCUGAACCAUGGUCAAAGGAAGAAGAUCUAAUUGUCAUGGAUGCUUAUUAAAAAUAUGGAUCUAGAUGGACAGAAAUAUCCAAGUUAUUAAAAGGGAGACCUGUAUAAUUUAUAACUAAAAUUUAUUUAGGAAAAUAUGAUAAAAAAUAGAUUUUAUUCCUUUAUUAGAAAAGAAUAUAUGAAUAUUUAAAAUCCUUAUUACAUUAUACCUAAUUCAUAAUAAAAAACUGACACUGAUUAAUUAAAAUCAACUUAACAAUCAAAUGAAAUUCUAAAACAAGAUCAAAAUGAUAAUAGUUAAUCAUCUAAAAGUAGUAUUAUAAAAAAAAGGAAACAUUCUAAAAUCUAAAAGAAGAAAAUGAAAAAAUAAAAAGCCAUUAAAAAAAUAAAAGAGUAAGAACAAAAAAUAAUUAAUAAUAUUGUAAAUGAUUAGAAUGAAGAAGUUUUGAAUGGAAUAGUCUCAGCUGAGAGCUCAGAAGUUUAAGUAAAAGAAGAAGAUGAUAACGAAAUUUAAGUUAAAAAAAUUGCUUAAAGUGUAUUAAGUUAAAGUUUAAACAAUAAUUUAAAUCAAAUUAAUAACAUAUAGAAUUCAUAAUAAUUAUUUAAUGAUCCUAUAAGAUCAUUAUAUAAUUCUUAAGUCUUUUAGAAUUAACCUUCAUAAUCAUAGUAAUUUUAAUAACAAUAAUGUAUAUAUUUUUUAUUAAUUCAGAUUUUGCUGCUAUGUAUUAUAAAUACUAUGAAGGAAUUGCAAAUUUGAUCAAAAGCUAAAGUCUUUCAUAAUCAUAAUUAUUAAAAGAAAGUCUUCCAAUCCUAUCAAAUGCUACUAGUUAAGAAACACAACAAUCUUCGUUGAUGUAACUUUCCCUAUCAAACAUGAAUUUUCUCCAAUUUCCAUACAUGUUUAGACAAGAGUCUUUUCCUCAUUCAAUGAACAAUUCAUAAUUUUGAA